AUGGCUAAACAUUCAAAAAUACAGAGUCAAAAUGACUACCUCAGGCAAUGGCUGCCAAGGCAGGAAUCGUAUCUACAUCACCUCCUUGAUCAAGAAGCUCCACCAGAAGACAGGAGAUGCAUCAUCUGCCAACAGGAUGGGGUGUACAAAUGUCAAGAUUGUCUUGGUGAGCCACUCUAUUGCACCGGCUGUUGCAGGAGUCAACAUUGUAGCAAUCCUUUCCACUGGAUCAGUCAAUGGAAUGGGCAAUUCUUCGAGCAGAGUUGUCUCGCUCAUGUGGGACUCAUCAUACACCUUGGCCAUGAUGGCAAACAAUAUGAACCUGAAGACCUGCUCGAGCCUGAAGAUCUGCCAUUUGUGUCCGGACCCGAGUUCCAGCUGAAGGAAAACACCAUGGUCAUUGUCGACAAGUCCGGAAUUCAUCGCCUGGAGGUUCGAUGCUGUGAUUGUCCGAAUGCCAUGAGUCCGGACAUUCAAAUGUUUCGACACAGAUUUUUCCCUGCAUCUUUCAACAGGCCGAAGACUGUGUUCACCUUCAGAGUGCUCAAUGAUUUUCUACUGGACAGCCUUGAAUGCGGCACCUCUGCGAUGAACUAUUACAGCAAGCUCCAAGAGCUCAUGAGGGUCGCUCGACAGUGGAGGCAGUUGAAGACAAUGAAAUGGCAUGGCUUUGGCCAUCGUUCCGAUAACCCGAGCACAGGAGAACUCGCAUUAUUUUGCCCUGCAUGUCCUCAGCCUGGUAUUAAUGUGCUGUUUGUUCCAAGCUGGAAAUACACCCGGUCAUUUGUGAUGGACGGAAAUUUCAAAGCCAAACAUCUGCAUCCCAUUAAGCCAUUCGAUGAAGUUUGGCUGUCCGAUGGGCUUGGAUUCAUGGUAGGAAAGGACAGGUAUAAAAUGCAUCUGGCAGAGGCUGCUGACACGGUGGAAAAAUCAAGCUGCAACAACCACCGGGCAGUAAAUCAAGCUAAUGCUGCUCAGCACAAGCUGGAGUCCACCGGUAUCGGGGGAGUUGCCUGUGCCAGACACGGUUGCUUUGUCCCUCACUCCAUGGUGGAUUUUCAGAAAGGCGAAAGACAAAUGAACAUGGACUACGCCCUUUGCGAGGCUUCCCGGCACAACAUGGAAGGCAUCACCAGGGCUGUCACCUUCUAUGAUAUUAAUUGUCAAUACAACAAACACUUUCGGGUUCGGGACAGCUGCUAUGUGCAAUAUGCUUCUAACUUUAUUGAAGGCAUUGGUCGGAUCGAUGGAGAGAUCAUGGAGACGCUAUGGGCAUGGCUCAAUCUGAUCUCCCCUGCUGCUCAGGGAAUGUCAUCUCCCCACCGAAAGGAAUGCCUUGAUUAUCAGAUGAAUGACUCCAAUUUCUGCAAGAUGAUUCGCAUGAAAAGGACUCUAUGCCGGAAAUACAAGCUGGCGAGGAAUGGCAUCUCGGAAAGUGGAAAGGCAUUUGACAGACUCGAUGAAGCAGCACCCUCACAUUUGAAGACAGAAUGGUUAGCCAGGGAGAGGAUAGCUCAGUCAAGCAGAUUGAAUGAUCCUUCGGCGAUGGAUGAAUAUGAGAUCAAUAUAAAAAAGGCACCUAGCAAAAAGGAGAUCGAGCUUAGAUUAUUAGAGGAGGGUAACGCCCGCAAUGCAGCACCCUCUCGCAGAUCUGUGGCGACUGUGGAUAUCAACAGGAUUGCAUUGCUCAUCGAGGUCCGAAGGAUCGGAAGAAGAUCCACAGAGACACAGAGAUUAGACAUCGCCCGUCAACGCGAUCGGCUCCAAGGCCAGAUAGAUGGAUUUGCUCGGUCUGCUCUAACACAUCUCGGGGAGGGAUUUGAUGCAGAUGAUGAACCUGAGGACUUGAACGUAGACAUUCUAGAUGAUCUCCAUGAUGACCCGGCAGAUUUCACAGAGACAUCUCAUACAUGGACAAACUCUCCCGAGCUCACUGUAAUCCCAUUGCCAUCAAACCUGGGGAUGUCGCUUCAUGAAGGGCAGGCCAAUGAUGCCCUUCACAAUCUUCGCAUUUACCUUUGCAACAAGGCCAUCCUGUUCCGAACAACCGUGACAUCGGUGCAGCAGGCAGUCUCCCUCCAUGCCAGCAUAUAUACAAAGACCAGGAAGCAAAUGAUGAAACUUGAGCCGGGGCAAGACCAGCUUCAGAAAUACAAACCCCUGCUUCACGAGCAACUCAAAAUCAGCACUGCAGUGGGUGACCCAAAUGCCCGAGGUCAACGAAAUGAAUCUUUGGCUUGGUUUUGGUCUGUUGAAGUUGACCUCGGGGGUCCUGAUCAAUCGUGGAAUGAGGAAUAUCGAUGGAGGGAAGAAAUGAUAUUGGUCAAAUUGGAGAUGGAUUGGACAUGUAAGUUCUUUUUGUGGAAAGCAACCCAAUGGGGCGACCACAUGCAGGAAUCAUUGGAGAAACGCCUUCCAGGUCACGGAUGCUAUGCCGGAAGGCAAUCCCAAAUGUAUUCAUUGCUCGCACAGGAUGCGCAGGCAGCUUUUCAAGACCUACAAAAUGUGUUGAUAGAGGCUGGAGAUGAAUGA